UAUUCCAGGCUGCUGACCCAGGCAGCUGCCUGUAUUCUUCAGGUGCAUCUGCCUGAGCCUGGUUUAAAGUGAUGGCAGCUAGUGACAGCUGAGCCACUUAAGGCCAGAACUCUGAGCUGAGCGGUGGAGGCCCCCUUGGACCCGGAGAGAAGAGGCUGCCUUGGAACCAGCAAUGAGCCAUCCUGACUGCAGGCUGAACCUCCGGCCCCUGGGAACCCCUAGAGGUGUGUCCUCUGCGGUUGGCUCACAUGGUGUUGGUGCUUCGCCAGGUGACAAGAAGUCAAAGAACAAGUCCACACGAGGGAAGAAAAAGAGCAUAUUCGAAACCUACAUGUCUAAGGAGGAUGUUUCAGAAGGCUUGAAGAGAGGAACGCUUAUCCAGGGCGUAUUGAGAAUUAACCCAAAGAAGUUUCAUGAAGCCUUCAUUCCUUCCCCGGAUGGUGAUCGAGACAUUUUUAUUGAUGGGGUUGUUGCUCGUAAUAGAUCCUUGAAUGGAGAUCUAGUGGUUGUGAAGCUGCUUCCAGAGGAACAGUGGAAGGUAAUUAAGCCAGAGAGCAACGACAAAGAAACAGAAGGUGCCUACGAAUUGUAUCUCCCCGAAGAGCUCUGUGGAAGCCCUCUUCCACAACAGUCCCCGAAAGGCUAUAGUGAGAGUCCUGAUGUCAUUAUAGAGGCUCAGUUUGAUGACAGCGACUUAGAAGAUGGACAUGGCAACACACAGAAUGUUCUGGUUGAUGAUAUUAAGAAACUCUCAGUCGGUGUUCAUGAAAGAGGAAAAGUGGAUGCGGAUGCACCAGUUAAAAAAGAUGAGAACACCUGCGUGUCUCAGGACACAAGAGCAUCAUCAGAGAAGUUGCUGCAAAGAUCAGCAAAGGUCAUUGUCUACAGAUUUUCUCCACUUGUCUAA